ACCUCUCCCUCCCCUUCUUUCUGUCCUUCUCCCACUGAGAAACACACUCCAAUUUCUGUUGUGUCUUUUCAAACUGCACAUGUUUUUAGCUUCAUCUAGUUCUGCGGAAAAGAGAAGCAUGUUCUGGAGCGGCUGCUACAUACGCGCACUUGCUUAAACAUGUAGCACAUGUUAGCUGCUCAAAUCAGCAAGUGAGCUCCGAUUACAAUAAAGUGGACUUGUUAAAAACAGGAUACUUAUUCAAGACACGUAUUCAGCUGUAUAAUUGGACAGUGGAGGACUUGUGAACUGAGACAGCUUUCAAGACUACUGUACCUGCUCAUCACUGUUCCUUCUGAAACAUCAUUACAUAGCAAAUAUGAAAGAAAGUUAUUGUGGAUACGAGAACCAGCUAUUCAAAGAGGAGGACCUGACCGGAGAGGAGGAAGAGAUUCCUCCCUUCAGAGGAAGAACCCGUGGAGGUUGUUUGAAAUGCCAGCAGACUCGUUCUCUCCAGCUGGCUGUCAGAGUUCUAUAUGGCUUCUUUGCCUUCAUAGUCAUCGCCUUGGCAGUCCUGGCUUCUCUGGUUUUUAGGAAGGUGGACAGCUUAUAUGAAGAUAAAAAUAUACCCAAGGCCCAGGGAAGUACAGCAGAUCUCAUGAACUGCACUGAAUGCUACAGCACAGUUAACUUCCGAGACGAGAUCACCAGGCUCAAAAAGGAGUUUGAAGACCUCCAAAAGAUGAUUGUGGGUCAAGAGCAGUUAUUGGACCAGUCUACGCAAUCCCAAAACACUAUAACACAAUCCAAUAACAAGAUGAUAAGAGAUUUCCAGGCUUAUGGGAUUACUAUUAAAAGAAUUAACCAAUCUCUUGAGCAGUACCUCAAUCAGGUAAAUGGAUGGCAGGCUGUUAUCAAUGAGACUGAUCAGGGCAUGAAGACCUUGGUCCAAGACCAAUAUGAUUUGAAGGCUACUGUGCAACAGGUCAACAGUACUGUCGCACUUAGUGCAUUGUGGAUAGAUGCUCUUAAGCGGAAAGCAGAAGAAGAGGCUUUGGUGCUACAGAAAAUUACCAAAGACUGGCAGAACUACAGCAGAGCACUUACUGCACUCAAGACCAAUUCCAGCAACAAUGUCCAAACAAUGCGAAACAUUCAGAGUGGCAUCUCUGCCACACAUCAGAGAAUCAGUAUGAGCUCAGAUAUGGUACAUGAGCUCACGUUACAGGUCAUGAACCUCCAGAUACAGCUGGACAAUGUGUCUUCUUACAUUGAUGAGCAUGAGGAGAACAUGCAUGACCACCAGUAUCACGCCAAAUACUAUGAAAAUAGGACUGGGGAAAGGUUUAUGACACUGGACACAAGAAUGAGUUCCAUUGAACUGGAGAUUGAUACCAUUGCCUCUAGCAUCAAUGCAACAGUCAGUCAUGUUCAGAGCAUGUACAAAUACAUCAACAUGGAGAGCUCAUCUUGCCAGUCAAAGCUGGGCAGCCACACAGAAGACUUGCAGAAUUUAAACAAUACUGUCUUGCUUCUGUUAAACCUGGCUGAUUCCUUGAGAUCACGAUAUAUGAUGCUUAAUGUACGUCUUGAUAUGGACAUGAGGAACAUCUCUAUGCUUAUGGAGGAGAUGAAGUUGGUGGACAUCAGCCAUGCUCAGCUAAUCCAAAACUUCACUAUUCUGAAAGGCGCUCCUGGUCCACCAGGUCCAAAAGGGGACAGGGGUGAAACUGGGACAACAGGUCCUACAGGAUCAAUAGGGAUCAAAGGAGACAAAGGCCGUGUUGGUUUUCCUGGUGUGCCAGGGCCAAAGGGUUUUGUGGGGCCUAAAGGAGAUCAAGGGGAAACUGGUCCUUCUGGAAUUAAAGGAAGCCAAGGGCUUAAAGGAGCAAAAGGGUCUUUAGGACAACCAGGACCUCGAGGUGAACAGGGGCAGAAGGGUGACAUGGGAUUUUCUGGCAAAGAUGGAUUGCAAGGGCAGAAAGGACCACCAGGAAUCCAGGGUCAAGCAGGACUGCCUGGUUUACAUGGGAUCCCUGGGCCUACUGGAAAACCUGGUCCUGUUGGCCCACCUGGUCCUCCUGGUCUACCUGGUCCUCCUGGUCCACCAGGGAACUCCACAAUGGGAUGAAAAAUGUUAAGAUCAAUCUGUUACCAAACUUAUUGUACCAUGUGGUGAAAUAUUUCACAAACAACUUUGUUGGACACAGUGAUGUUACUGAGUAUGGCUGGAUGAAAUCAACUUCAGCUGCAUACAUUUCAUGAAAAUUUCACCUUUAAUAGACCUUAUCUUACAUCAUUUAGCAGACACACUUAUCCAGAGUGACUUACAAUUUUUAUUUCAAUUUAUACAACAGAAUAAUUGAGGGUUAAGGGCCUUGCUCAGGGGUCCAGCAGUGGCAGCUUGGUGGACCUGAGAUUCGAACUCAUGGCCUUCCGAUCAUUAGUCGAACACGAUAACCACUGAGCUACCACAUCCCACUGUCUUCAAUAUACAUCCCUCAGGCUAUAAACUGCACAUAAAUAUACAAUAUCUGACCCUCAUCACAGGACUGUGCACUAGGCAACUUGGCAUUACUUUGUACUGAGGAUGGAAGACUAUGUAGGACUUACUACAGCACAGGUUUUUUUGCCAAACAUUUUUGGACUUUUGCUUUUAUAUAUACCUUGAAUAGAUAUUUUAAGAAUGUCUCUGAAUCAUAGAACGGUAAGUUGUGAUAUUUGUGAUGGCCUUUUAUGUGUUUAUUUCAUUAAAAAUCCCUUACAUAUCAUGACAACAAACUUUAAGGCACUUUAAAUGUUAAUAGUAUUUUUAAUCAAGCCAUUAUUGUAGAAUUACUUCUAUUUUUUGUAUAUACACCGUGGUGUAUUCAGAGCAGGUACUCUGAACAAGAUAGAACAGCGUGAAGCUGUGAGAUGUUUUAUUAUUAAUCCUGCAGCCAUACUAUUACCAACAAAAGUGUAAAAUACAACACACACAAUAAGAAAAUGGAUACUAUAGCACCGAUACUAUGUUAAAGCGUACAUUUUGCUGAUUUUAUAUGUGCAAAAAUAAUUUUUUAAUGCUUUCACCAUAACAUCAUAGUGAACAUAUUUUAUGCUCUUGUGGACAAUUUUAUAUGGUGUUGUAAGAGUUUAAUUUUGACAUUAGUGUUUUUACACUAUGUUAAAUAAUAAAGAAAUAAAAUCAUUUAUUGAAAUAAAGCACAAUUCCAGGAUAACUUGCCAAGUAUUCAAUACUGUACAAUGUAUAAAACUGACCAGCACCAUCUUUGAUGCAAAUGAUGUGCAAUGAUGUAAAACUAGAAGUAAUGAUGCAAAACUAGAAAUAUAUUUUUUAUAACUACUUAUAUUACACACACAAGCACACACAUAUAUAGUGUUGCUUGAAAGUUUGUGAACCCUUUAAAAUUUCUAUAUUUCUGCAUAAAUAUACCCAAAACAUCAUCAUAUUUUCCAAAAACCCCAAAAGUGAACAUAAUCAAAAAGAUCAGACAAAUAUACUUGGUAAAUUUUUCAUUCAGAAAAAUGUUCUAAUAUUAUAUAUUUGUCAGAGGCAAAAGUAUGUGAACCUCUAGGUUUAGUACCUUAUUUCAAGGUGAAAUUAGGGUCCAUCUGAUUUCAGUCAAUGAGAUGACAAACAAGUCUCCAUGAGUAACUUUUAUUUAAAGAACAGAGACAUAUCAAAGUCUGAUGUUUUUGACGUGUGUUUGUGGAAGGGGAUCAUUGCAAAAACAAAUGAGAUUUCUAAAGACUUCAGAAAAAGAGUUACAAAAUCCUCUCUUAAGGGACUGGACUCAGUCAUAUAGAUUCUGUACAAAUGGAGGAAAUUUAAGACCAUUGGUACAUUCCCACAAGUGGUCAACCAACAAAGAUCAUGGAUGUUCAUGGAUCUGCCAUCAGGUGAACACUGAACAACCUCUGUACAAGGCAGAGUUGCAAGGAGAAAGCCACUACUCUCCAAAAAGAACAUUGUGUACAAGCUAGAGGACUAUUGGAAAAAUAAUUUCUGGAUAAAUGAGACCAAAAAACAACUUUUUAUUUUAAAAUGAGAAGCAUUAUUUUUGGAGAAAGGAAAAUACUGAAUUCCACCAUAAGAACAUUAUUCCAUCUAUGAAACAUGGUGGUGGUAGUAUCAUGCUUUUGGCCUGUAUUGCUGCAUCUGGGCCAGAAGAGCUCGCCAUCAUCGAUGGAACAAUGAAUACAGAAUUAUCUGAGUGAUCUCUAAAUAAAAAUGUUAAGACAUCUGUCCAUGAAAUGAAUCUCAAGAAAAAAUGGGUCAUACACCAAGACAACGAGCACAAGCACACAAGUGUGUCCACCAAAGAAUGAUUAAAGAGGAAUAAAGAUAAUGUUUUAGAAUGGCCAAGUCAAUGUCCUGACUUUAAUCCAAAAGAAAAAUUGUGGAAGGACCUAAAGCAAUCACUUCAUGUGAGGACAGUUGAAGAGUGUUGAAGCUCUUCUGUAGUGAGGAAUGGAAUAAAAUUCUUCUAAGCUGUUGUGCAGGACUGAUCAAAAGUUUCUAAACAAUUUAUUUACAGUUAUUGCUGCACAAGGAGUCACGAUAGAUACUGAAAGCAAAGGUUCACGUACUAUUUCAAGUCACAGUUAUGUAAUGCUGGAUAAUUUUUGUCAAUGAAGAAGUAUAAAUAUUGUUGGCUCAUUUGCUUGAUUAUUGUCUUGAGAUUUUCCAAAGGAAAAAAUAGUAUGGCAGCUCGAGGCCUGUUUAUUGUAAACUAAAUUCAAUUUAUUAAAGCCAUGCAAGCAAGAGAAAUGUAAUUAACAUUGAAUGAUAUUCAGUUGUUUGAAGCUGUGUCAAAUAUUUUAAAGCCUUUUAUGCAAAAGAAGCCGGUUACUGAGUGCAAGUACAGACUCACCACUGCAUCACGUAUAUGUAAAUAUACUUAUCAAAA